CAAGAAAAGUUAGCUGGUAGUUACAAUACAUUUAUUGAUCUCGGCUGGCCAUUACUUGGGGUUUCUUUCUCUCUGUUUCCCACUCAAGCUGUACCUUCCAUAUAACCGCCAACACCCACCUCUCUCUCCCUCUCUCUCACCAUUAACAAUCUUUUGUCAAUCUCACUUCUUUUAUUUCCUACUCUUGAUUAGCCUUUAGCCUUCACCCCUCACCCGCAAAAAUGGCAGCUAAGCAGAUCGUUGCCGCCGUUGUUGUCACCAUCUUUGUACUGACAUUCUGCAGCGGCACCAUGGCACAGGCGCCGGCACCUGAGCCAACUGCCGAGGCACCAAGCGCGGACUGUUUCACCAACUUGUUGAGCUUGUCGGACUGCUUGACGUACGUGGAGGCCGGUAGCAAUUUAACGAAGCCCGACAAGCCUUGCUGCCCAGAGCUGGCGGCGCUUGUAGAUAGCACUCCCCAAUGUUUGUGCUAUCUGCUGGAUAAGAAUGCCACUUCUAGCUAUGGGAUCAACAUUGACAUGAAAAGGGCUCUGAAUCUUCCCACUAUCUGCAAAGUUUCUACUCCUCCUGCUAGUCUUUGCUCAGUCAUCACUGGCGCCCCAGCUGAAAGUCCAACCGGAAAUGGAGGAUCUACGUCACCUGGUCUUGCCCCGCAAGGAUUAGCUGCCAGCCCUUCGAGUGGGAACAACAAUGGAGCUUCAAACAUUGCAGUCUCUGGUCUAGCUUCCCUUGUUGCCUUGGCAAUUACCUUUCUGCCCACACUUUUUGGGAUUUAAAUUCUUUUGCCAUGGUUGAACUUAGUUUCCUCCAUUAUUUAUAUACUGCUUUGUUCAGAUAUUCCGUGUCAAGUAUUAUUAUUAUUAUAUAUAUAUUUUUUGAGAGAGAGAGACUGUGUCUGGUACGUAAGUUACCAAUAACUUGUAGGAGUUUGUUAUGACAUUUAUUUCUUUAAGGCUGUACCAUUGUUCUUUGCAAACACCUUAUGGUUCUAGCUCUAUUAUCCAUUCAAUAUGUUUAAAUCCAA